GGCGUCUUCCACGGCGCGAUCGAGGUCUACGGCCAGGAGUUCUCCUUCGGCGGCUGCCGCCAGAACAAGAGCGGCAUCUUCGCCUGCAAGCCCAAGUCCUGCCCCAUGCACACGUACCGCGAGUCCAUCUACCUCGGCGACUGCAAGAAGACCAUCAAAGAGGUCCAGUCGAUCCUCGACUCCAUGAAGCCCGAGUGGAUGGGGCCGACCUACAACCUGCUCCGCAAGAACUGCUGCUCCUUCAGCAACGCCUUCGCGCAGAAGCUCGGCGUCGGCGAGAUCCCCAACUGGGUCCACCACCUCGCGGACGUCGGC